UAAAACUCCCAAAAUCCGAAAACCCUAAAGAGUGAGUGAAGAGGUGAGUGUGCCUGUUUCUGAUUUCGAAUUUCUUAGUGGAAGGCAAUGGAGGAGUGUGACAUGAACCAGGAAAUGGAUGUCGCCCCAGCUUUAAUUGCUUUUCACUCCAACCAUAAAUCUGUUUCUGUCGCUGUCGGUUCUGACCUUCGCGUCUUUGAUCUCGAGAAUGGGUGUUCUGUUAAAUUGGUGGAUGAUUCAGCGAAUCCUUUCCAUAAAGGUUCAAUAAGAGCCAUCCGUUAUGGUGCAAGUGGAAAGCUUUUUGUAUCUGCUGGAGAUGACAAACUAAUCAAGAUUUGGGAUUCAGAAACAUGGCGUUGCAUUUGUACUAUAUCGUCCGGGAAGAGAAUAACUGCAGUUGCUUUGACUCAUGACUGUUCAUUUGUUUGUUUUGCUGAUAAAUUUGGUGUUGUUUGGGCCGUAAAUUUGGAUGAACAUUUAAAGAGUCAGGAUGUGGAAAUUAAGAAGGCAGCUCCAAUUCUAUCCCACUAUUGUAGCAUCAUUACAAGGCUGGAAUUCUCUCCAGAUGGACGGUUUAUUAUUAGUGCUGACCGCGACUUUAAGAUUCGAGUAACUUUAUUUCCAAAGUUUCCAUCAGAUGGAGCCAAUGAAAUACAAAGUUUUUGCCUCGGCCAUACACAGUAUGUUUCCUGCCUUUCCUUCAUAUGCACCUCGCAACAUCCUGACGGGUUUCUUGUGUCUGGAAGUGGCGAUUCAACUGUUCGAGUGUGGGAUAUUAUAACCGGAUCUCUCCUUGCUACCUGUGAUGUUGGAGUAGAGGCAGGACUUAUAGAGUCUGACAAAAGCGAAGAGGAGUGCACCUUGGCCGUUACCGACAUUUGCGCUGUUCCAGACCAUUCAUUGGUUGCGGUUGCUAUCCAAAGUCUUUCUGGCAUUAUGCUGUUGAACUACAACGUAUCGGUCAGAAGUCUUUCCCUUGUAAAGGUGAUUUCCAUACCUGAAGAGAACUUCGUUCCUACUAGCUUAGGAAUAGGUUCUAAAGACGUUUUAUGGAUGGUUUCUGGAAUAUCUAAUCUACAAGGUGUUGCAUCAUCUUGCUUAGCCCGUGUAAGGGUAAUAUCAGGAUUAAACAAAACUAAUCCAGAUAGUAUUGAGUCCGGGCCUGUUUUAUUGGAUGAUAAUGAUGUCCCGGGAAGUGUCGAGUUAUUAGAGAAGCUUCAGGGUAAUCUUGCAAUUAAGAAGGAAAUGCUCCUAGAGGCUUCUGAGAUUCUGAAAUAUGCAAUGAGAAAGCUGUUAAUUAAGAAGCAUUACUCUGUAGAGAAUCGGGACUUUAGGAAAAGGGAAAGAAAUGACAGAAAAAACAAACGAUGAGAAGGUCUAUCUGGAACCACUAAGAGCUUUUCUUGAUGUAGGCUCUUUGUUUUUGAAAUAAACCUUGACAAAAUGAAAAGUUGAUUAUUUGGAUUAGAAAACUAAAAUAUUUUUGUAUUUUAUAUUUAUUAAUUUAAAGCAAAGAUAAUUUUUUAA